ACACAGCUGAUUAAAAGUUGAUCAAGGAUAAUCAUAUUCUACUUAAAGCUACGUAGAUCCAAUUAGAAGGUCCGUCCGUCCGUCCGUCCGUCUUAAUGUCUUAUAAAUGCAGAAAAGAUUACUGACUCCUGACUCCUCCUCCUCCCCUUCUCUCUAUCUCUCUCUUCUUCUUUCAAUUAUUCUCUCUAUACUGGCUACCUCGUGCAGCGAUCAUUGUUAGGUUUUAUUAAGCGGUGGUGGUGGUGAUUUUCAACCUCAUUUACAUUCGUCGUACGCUUCCCUAUCCCACUAUCCCCUUCCCUAUUUUAUGUACUGUCCUCUUAUUAUUAAUAUUCACACCUUAAUUUGAUGUUGGAGAACAUCACUUCACUACUAAUAAAUUACUACACCUAGCUACAUUCCUACUGUUUUGUCAAUAAUUUACUUUCUCUUCACUCUUAUCCCUGUCAAUCCAACCCCCCAAUGUAGCAGAAACAACAACAAUAAACAUUUAUCUCAUUCUCACCAUCCUCAUCAUCAGCUUAAUUAGCUUAUCUGGAGAAGAAGAGACAAGUACUCAAAUCCAUAACUCUCCUUUCUUCUUCUUCUUUUUCAUACCUAAAACCAAGUUAGACAAACAAAAGAAGAUUAGUGAUGAUGCAUCUUGACUCCAUGGUAUCCUUAACUUUGUCCCUCAACCUCAUUCUCAUCCUUGUCAUUUUCUCUUUGACAUCCAAAUGUACUUCAGGAGCAACAUUUACAUUCAUAAACAACUGUGACUACACAGUUUGGCCAGGGAUACUAUCAAACUCAGGCAGCCCUAAGCUUGGAACCACAGGUUUUCAACUACCACAGAGCAAUUCGGUCUCCUUCCAAGCUCCAGCAGGUUGGUCAGGUCGAUUCUGGGGUAGAACCGGUUGCACAUUCGAUUCAUCUGGUAAAGGUAGAUGUUCAACAGCUGAUUGUGGAUCGGGUACAAUAGAAUGUAAUGGAGCUGGAGCAACACCACCAGCAACACUAGCUGAAUUCACAUUAGGUAUAGGCAGUCAAGAUUUCUACGACGUUAGUCUCGUUGAUGGAUAUAACUUGGCCAUGAUUGUUGAAGGUACGGGUCAAUCGGGAAGUACAUGUGUUACAACUGGGUGUGUUACUGAUUUGAAUCGGCAAUGUCCAACUGAGUUGAAAGUUGGAAAUGGUGAUGCUUGUAGAAGUGCUUGCGAAGCGUUUCGUACGCCGGAGUAUUGUUGUAGUGGAGAUUUCAGUACACCUAAUACGUGUCGGCCAUCUGUUUACUCUAAGAUAUUUAAAUCGGCUUGCCCAAGAUCGUAUAGUUAUGCGUAUGAUGAUGCUACCAGUACGUUCACCUGUACCGGAGCUGAUUAUACGAUUACGUUCUGUCCUUCUUACUCAAAUAGUCAGAAGGCUUCAAAAGAGACGACACCGGUUACCGCACCACCAGCUACAAUAGCAAUGACACCACCUGCUACCGGAACAACAGUAGACGGGUCAAUUCCCGGAUACGCUUACGGGUCGGGUGAUGGGUCAACAACAAAUUCAGGGUAUUCAAACACCAAUCCGGGGUAUUCAAAUACAAAUGCAGGGUAUGGAACGGGUACAGAAUCUGGAACCGGGUCGAGUACUGAUUCAGGAUCAGGAGGAGGAGCAAUGUUGGCUGAUGCAUCAUGGUUAGCAGGUUUAGCUGUUGGAGAUUCAACAAGAAUCUUUCCUUGGAUUACAUCAUCUGUUGUUGGUGCGACCACCAUUUUUGUCCUGUCCUCUUUCUACUUGUAAUCUGUCUAAGCAGCAGCAGGGAUGGACCAGUUUUGAUGUGGAUAAUAUGUUUAAAAUGGGCACUGUUAGAGACAGAUUGUAAACCACUCAAACCCCCAAAGAUUCUCCUCCUGCCUACGUAUAUUUUUAAUGUUUAGCUAGAAUUAAUGCAUGUAUACUUUUUUAUUUUAAUUUGUAAAUAUGGGUUUAGCAUAAAUUAGUAGGAGCAUAUCAGUUUUCUAGUUUGAUUAGAUUAUUUACUACUUUUGAGAGUAAAAGGUGAUAAAUUUGCUUUUGGACU